AUGGCUCGGCAUGUGACAAAAUCAGCAGAUGGGUUUGUUGAGAUUUAUGCUAUAAUGCCAGAGAAUGCGACACUUGAUAGUUCAGAGGAGGAAGAAGAAGAGGCAGUUGAGCAGCGAGGAUUUGGAGAGGAAGAAUUUGCAAAGGAGUAUGACAUUAACCUGUAUGAAGUGCAGCAGCAAGUCCAAGAAGAUCAGCAUGUUGAGCUUGAGCACCAAGAAGAAGAGCCAAGACAAGAAGACCAACUUCAGUAUGAGCAGCAAGAAGGUCAGCCAAGACAAGAGGACCAACUUGACCAUGAAAUUAACCAAUAUGCAGUGCAGCAAGAGCAAGUCCAAGAAGAGCAUCAUGUUCAGUAUGAGCAGCAGCAAGAAGAGCAUCAUGGCCAGCUUGAGCAGCAAGGAGGGCAGCUAAUUGACCUAGUUGAUAAGCAAUUUCAGCACCUAGUCCAGCCAAACUUAUCAAGGAAAUUACCAGUUGUGAGGGCAGCAAGUAAGGAGAAGGGCAAGAAAAUUCAGGAUGUAAGUGCACAUGAAGGACAAGAUGGUGAAGACAGUUCAGAUAGUGAUUAUGUAGAUGUUCAUGAAGAAGAUAGUGGAGAUAGUAGUGCUGAUGAUGAAGAGGCUUGUUGUUACAGAAAACAAGCGCAAGAUCUGAAGAAUAUGCUGAAAAGAAGAAUGCUAGGAGAGGAGGAUCUCAAAGCAACCAAAGUGCCAGAAGAAUUCAUAGUUCCUGAAAAUUUUGGAGAAGAGGAAGAUGGAAGCGAUUGCUUCGACAGUGAAGAUGAACUUUCAUACGACAAAGACAGUGAUGGAGUUGUAAGAACAAGGAGAACAAAGCACAGAGUUUAUGAUGAAAAUGCAGAGGUGAAAGAGUUUGAGGUUGGUCAAGCAUUCCAUGACAGCAGACAGUUCAAGCAAGCACUUGUCAAUUAUGGAUUAAAAGAACGGAAGCACAUAAUAUUUCCCAAGGAUGAGAGGACAAGAGUGAGGGACAAUAAGUUGGUUACUAGCACAGUAAUAGCAGACAAAUACUUUAGGGAGAUCAAGGAUAAUCCUGGUUGGAGGAUUGAGAAGAUGCAGGAGGCAGUGCUCGAAGAUUUGCUAGCUGAUAAAGACAUACAGAUCAAUAACCAAGGUGAUGGAUGGGUUAUCAUAUCUGAUCAGAAGAAGGGUCUUAUUAAGGCCGUCAAUGAGAUAAUCCCAGAGGCUGAACACAGAAUGAUUGAUCUGUACGACCAGGUGUACAGUCAUGUGUUGCAACCAGUUGAGGGGAAAGAAAACUGGCCAGUAGCUCCAAAUCCCAGGCCAUUUCCACCUGCUAAAAGGAAUAUGACUAGAAGGCCUCAAACAGAAAGAAGAAGAGAAGAGCAAGAGAAACCAAAGGGCAACAAAUUAUCGAGAAAAGGGUGCAUAGUUAGAUGCUCAGCUUGCGGAGGGGAAAACCAUAACAAAAGUAAAUGCACAAGUAAUCCAGAUGUUGUGAGGGAACAUGCCGAAAAGAAGCGAGCAUCCAAGAGUGCAAGGAAAAAGCAAGAUAAAGCAACUGCAGCUAAGGAAUCUACUUCUACUACCCAUCAGCAAGAAAGACAUGUACUGUAUGUAGAGGAGAAAGCAAGAUCCAGGAAGAAACCUGUUGCCAAGGUGAACCAAGCUGCUCCUGCCCAGAUGCACACUACAGCUCCUGUCCAAAUGCAGCAACCUCCUGUCCAAUUGCACCAAGCUCCUGUCCAGAGACCUUUUGUACCACCAAAGAAAAAGCAAACAGUUGCAACUGAUGCACCAGGGCAGUCUACUUCUCAGCCAGUUAGUCAAGAAUCUUAUGCAACCCAAAUUCCAAGAAGUAGAAGAAGAGAAACAAUUUCUAUGUCUGAUGUUGUGACAGAACAAGUGCCAAAGAAAGGGAGACUCAAAUGGUACAUGCUGGGCAAUGAAAACAGAGGACAAGGUGUAGAUGCAGAAGAGUAG